GCUCCGGGAUCCGGCCGCGGGGGGAGCCGCAGCAGCAUUCGCGGAGGGGCGCGGGCAGUCCGGCAGCAUGAAGUUCCAGUACAAGGAAGACCACCCGUUCGAGUACAGGAAAAAAGAAGGGGAGAAGAUCAGGAAGAAGUACCCCGACAGAGUGCCGGUAAUUGUGGAAAAAGCACCAAAAGCCAGAGUACCUGACCUAGACAAAAGGAAGUAUCUUGUGCCUUCUGACCUCACAGUUGGCCAAUUCUACUUCCUAAUCCGAAAACGGAUCCACUUGAGGCCAGAAGAUGCCCUCUUCUUCUUUGUCAAUAACACCAUCCCUCCCACCAGUGCCACUAUGGGCCAGCUGUAUGAGGACAACCAUGAGGAGGACUAUUUUCUCUACGUGGCCUACAGCGAUGAGAGCGUCUAUGGCAAGUGAGCAGCAGCCCCUCAGGCAGACGUGUGAGAUGGACUGUUGGAAUGGAUUUUGGGGGGGAAGUGUUGGAGAGGAGGAGGAAAGAUGCCUGAGACGAGGGGAAGAGAACUGGAAGUGAACCACAUGCACAAUGCCAUCACCUUCCAUGCAUUAAUUGUAACCAUUCUUUUUUCAAUUGAGGGGUGGGGGGGUGGGGGUCAGUGUGUGAAAGGGUGAACUGAAAGGCUAAGGAGGGGUUCAGUGCUGAGGGAUGGGGAGACUCCACUCUUAAGAGUUCCUCUGUUGCCACAGCUGGAAGUAAGCCAGUCUUGGAGGCUGCUAGAGAAACCAGUACGGUGGAGCUCCAGGAGAGUCACUGCAGGAUGGGCCUUUCUGUGUGACACUUUCAUUGGCUGAUGAAGGCAUGCCACAUGUUGUACACUCUCCUUGUCACAUCCUGCCCAUGGCGCGGGCUGCACUCCUGUGAGCAUUCAGUGAGCUGUGAAAUACUUCACUUCGGCUGUCACACGAGGCUGUCCUCUGCUGACAGUCCUCACUCCCAACUGCCACCUGUGAAGCGUUCCAAGAGUUUUGUGUUUCCCAUCACUUCCAUCAGUAUUAGAAGGGCUGACUCAGAGGGCUGGGAACUCCUCAGCUGUGAGAUGUGAAGGUUGGAGUAAAGAAGGAGGUAUUUAUUUUGUUUUCCUUUGUUGCUUUAACUGCAAGUGCUGGACAGAAAAAUCAGAGGUGACCCUUAGUUCUUUCUGGUGAAGCUAAGUGAUACUUCUGAGCAAUGGGUUUGAGGCCCUCAGGAGAGCGACUAACCCACUGCAGCUUUGAGGCAGGACUGAGUAUACAAAGCAUGUCCACUGUGGCUGCUCUGCAAACUUGGUAUUAGUGAGCUUCACCCAGGCAGAUCCUGGAGGCUGCUGAGAUUGUCUGGUUGGUUCCUAGCUAGCCUACAACUCAGAGAGCUUUUCUGGCUACCUAACUUUAGUCUCCCUUGCUGUGUAAAAAGACAGCUAGCUACUAAUGGUCUUGCUGUCAGAGAACCCAGGAAAUGAUCUGUCAGCAUUGUCCUGCAGAUUUGGAUGUGGCAGAAGUCCUGUGAGUUUGGCCCUUCCUUCCACAUCUUACCCCUGUACAGCCCUUGCACCACAUGCACAAGUAAAAGAAAUCAGUUGCUCCCAUGUGUGUACAGCAGUGCAGCUCUUGGCCACAAGACAGCUGCUUCUAGACUGGAAUGGGGAGGGGAAUAGAUACUCUGUAGACUUGAAAAAUGAUUUUACUUUAAGACAGUGUUGUUCUUAGAUGCCAUACAGAUGCUGUCCUGUGCAGGCCUUAUGCUGUCAUGCCAAAGCAGUUUCUUCCCAGUGACAAAGAGCAGAUUUUCCCAUAACUGCUACAACUGCUGAAAGGAUAGGAAGUGAACUGGCUUUCAGGAGAAUGCUGGGGGUUCAAUCCACAAAUCAGAGAACUGGACCUGAAUUACUGUAAUCAUUCCUACCUUUAAGAGGGGGGACCAAAGGGAGGAAAAGACAAGGCUGGAAGAAGACAGGCAGAUUCCAAACUAACUUGAAAGAUGUUUGCUCUGUUUACAUGAAGUUAGAACCCAGUUCUUUGUAUUCUUCAGGAAGGAGAAAUUGAGUGUUCCUCUCACUAGGGAAGACAGGAAAUCAGGUUUCAGCCUUCUCUGACAGUUGUUCCACAGAGGUACCUGGGGCAAAAGAGCAGGCUAGGAGUGUGAAGUGGGGGCCACAAGCAGAGCUAUGUGAAGGUCAGGGAAGGUGGUGUAGUAGAGCAGGAGGGUUGCUGCCCACUGAGUAUGGGGAGUGACAGAGGAAUGGAAGAGAAGGGAAGGGCCCACGAAGGAUGGAGACAGGGUAGUUGUAACAGGCAGCUGGAAAAUGGGGGAGAAAAAAAAGAAGUGUGUGAGUUAGUAACCCCAGACUUUGCAGCCUGAACUUCAGGUUUGCUCUUCCAUCACAUUUUCAUCUGGAAUAAAUGUGUUUGGGUGAGUUGUACCUACUGCCAACUCAGAUCACCUCAGCUUCGACCUGCAGUGCACAGUCCUCUCUUUUGGCCCACUCUGUUCCAGUUAUCAGGCUCUUUGUGCAUCCUCUGAUGCAAAUGUGCAUCAGUCUUGUCAGAGGAAGCUCUGAAUGUUCUGAAACAGAGAACAAACCCAGGAGGCUUUCCAGUGUAGAAGAGAAGCCAUGAGCAGGUGGUGUGCACCUCCCUGCUGCUGUCCCACUUGCUCACUUGUGUGCUGCCAAGAUCUGACUGCGUGGUGUCUCGAAUGAGCCUGUGCUGAGGCACACUCAGGGCAGAAGGAGGUGGCAGCUGGGGUGCUUGGUUUUGUGUUCAGACCUCCCCUUCCCUUCUGCUGCUGGGCUGAUCAGUGACGUGUGUGGGACUAAUCUCAGCUGUUUGUUAUCUGUAGAAGUUAGUUUCAUUUAGUUAUUUUCUGUUUCCUUUAACUGGAUCGUGGCCCUUAGCUCUAUUUCUGCACUAGUCCAGUCUUGUACAAGGUAAUGAUGGUCAUUCUUUUUGUGUUGGUUAGCUGCAGGUUCUUGUCAAAUAAAGGUAAUACUACUUGAGCUAAAUCAACCAAUCAAUAAAGAUGCAUUUGAAAACCA